ACGAAAGCACUUGUCCGCUACAGGCCCUUCUAUUACUGUGCUCGAGUCUGACUCGACUCGACCUCUUUGCCAUAAAGGUUGCCAAGUUUCACGCCCACGCUCUUUCCCUCACGAAUUUUUCAUCAUGCCGUGUAUGCUCAUCCACCCCGACGAAAAGUACAAGCCGUACAAACCUCUAAAACUUGACAAUCGUCAAUGGCCGACCAAAACUUUCACCAAGCCACCCGUGUGGCUCUCCACUGACCUCCGCGAUGGAAAUCAGGCCCUCGCCAAUCCUAUGACCAUCGAGCAAAAGACGACCUUCUUUAACCUUCUCGUCGAAUGUGGCUUCAAGGAGAUUGAGGUCGCCUACCCAGCUGCUAGUGACACCGACUUCAACUUCGUUCGAGGUCUUAUUGAGAAUGGUUCCGUUCCGGACGAUGUCUGGAUUCAAGUCUUGACUCCUGCUCGAGAAGACUUGAUUAAAAGGACAGUCGAUUCCGUUGCCGGCUGCAAAAGAGCAAUCAUUCACAUGUACAACGCCGUAUCGCCCCUCUUCCGUUCCGUCGUGUUCAAAAACUCCCAAGCAGAAACUGUUGCCCUAGCCGUGAAACACACUGCGGUCGUUCGCAAACUCACCGAUGAGUGUACAGAAAAGUACGGCACCCAGUUCAGGUUCGAGUAUAGUCCGGAGACGUUCAGCCAAACCGAGCCCGACUUUGCGCUCGAAGUUUGUGAAGCUGUCAAGAAGACGUGGGGUAGAGCUGGUCCGAAUUUCGAUGACCGUAUCAUCUUCAACUUGCCCGCGACAGUAGAAGUUGCACCACCGAAUCAUUUCGCUGAUCAGGUCGAAUACUUCUCUACUCACAUAUCGGAACGAGAGAAUAUCAUCAUCAGUUUGCAUCCUCAUAAUGACCGAGGUACUGGAAUUGCUGCUGCCGAACUUGCUCUCUUUGCUGGUGGCGACCGAAUCGAGGGCUGUCUGUUCGGAAACGGCGAACGUACCGGCAACGUCGAUCUCGUCAAUCUCGCCCUGAACUUCUACACCCAAGGCAUCUACCCUAAUCUCGACUUCAGCGAUCUUCAACAUGUCAUCGACGUCGUCACACAAUGCAAUGAUCUUCCUGUCCACCCACGCCACCCAUACGCCGGCGAGCUCGUUUUCACCGCUUUCUCCGGUUCACAUCAAGACGCCAUCAAGAAGGGCUUCGAGGAACAAGCGAAACGAAAUGCAGCAGAGAGAGCGAGAGGCGAGAAGGAAAUAUGGGAGAUGCCUUACUUGCCGAUCGACCCAGCGGACUUGGGCCAGAACUACGAAGCCGUCAUCCGUGUCAACUCGCAGUCUGGCAAGGGAGGGAUUGCCUACCUUAUCAAGCAGUACCUCCACCUGGACGUCCCAAGAAGGAUGCAAAUCGCCUUCUACUCGGUCGUACAAGCGGUUUCGGAUCGGGAGGCAAGGGAGAUGACGGUAGAGGACAUCACGACUGCUUUCCGCCAGACAUAUCACUAUGGCGGGGGGAAGCACGAGGGAAGGCUGGGUCUACGUUCGUUCACGAUGUCUUCCGUACCCGACCCCACUGGUGCCGCCUCCGCCGAGGACCUCCACAUGUUUGACGGUGCUGUCACCGUCGACGGCCAGCUGCGCGUCAUCCGCGGCGACGGUAACGGCCCCAUCUCCUCUCUCCUUGACGCUCUCAGCACCUCCCUACACAUCGACCUGGCUCUCCGCGAAUUGAACGAGCAUCCCGUCGAAGCAGCCGACGGCCAACCUCCACGCGCCGCAGCAUACGUCGAGCUCGUACCUCCUACUGAUCGCAAAUCCGCCAAGUCAUGGUGGGGUGUCGGAGUAGACCGGGACUCAACGACCGCCAAGCUACGAGCCGUGCUCAGCGCAGUGAACGCGCACAUUGAAGAUCGACCUCUGCCCGAACUCAAGCUAAGCGUCGGGUUCAACGCUCGCUCAGACCAAUCCGACGUCGCUUCUGCGCUAUUGAACAUCCUUGGUGUUCAGCUCCCGAGAUCGUUGCAGGCCGUGUUCUUCGAGGUCGUCCAGCGGAAGGCUCGCGAGACGGAGGGUGUCAUCUCGUACGAUGAGCUAGCGGAGCUAUUCAGGGCCACUUACGGAUGGAAGGCCCUCGAAGGAAUGAGGGAGGUUGAGCUCAAGUCGUUCAAUCUCGAGCAUCUGCCCGAGAAGCAGAUUCGCCUGAAAGGAGAGCUAGCCCUACAUGGCGAAACGAGGAAGGUGGAGGCCAUUGGGAACGGUCCUCUAUCUGCUUCCCUAGCUUGCUUGAAUGCGCAUCUGGAGGGUACGUUGUCCAUCAGGGAAUAUUCCGAGCAUUCGCUGGGUGAGGGCACGGAGGUGCUGGCUGCUUCGUAUGUGGAGCUAUUGUAUGAGAAGGUGGAUGAGAAGGGUCAAGGUGCGAGGAAGUUUGGCUGGGGUGUCGCUUCGGAUACGGAUAUUGCGGCUUCGGGUCUAAAGGCCGUCAUGGCUGCUGCGAGUCGGGUUGGUGCAGACUGGUGCGUGCCAAAGGUGAAUGGGGCGUAAGGUGGGAGGACACAGGGUUGGAAAGGAAAUCUGUAAUGUUGUUGUACGACGGCUGUAUCUACUAAUCCAUUGGUUUUCG